AUGAAGCCAGUGGUAUCGGCCGUUUACCAGUUCCCCAGCGGCGCAUACCUGGAGAAUCUCGCCAUUAGCGAUGAUGAAACUUUAGUCACUCGCGCAGACACACCCGAGCUAUACCAAAUUAAACUUCCAACGAAGCAAACUAGUGCAUACGCCAGUCUGAUUCAUCAUUUCCCCAAUGCAACUGGGUUGAUGGGUAUCGCAGAAUAUGCCCCAAGCACAUUCGCGGUAAUUGCGGGCAACUUCUCCAUGACGGAGCUGAUUACUGUCUCCUGGUCCGUUUGGACUGUCCGCUUCUCUGAAGGAAACCGCCGUCCUACAAUCCAGGAAAUCGUCGACUUACAGAUGGCCAGUUUCUCAAUGGCCUUGGCAGGCCGUGUAUACUGUCUCAAUGCCAAGACAGGAGACUACGAAGUGGUCCUUGAGCACGAAUCUAUGAAAGCUUCCGGGGCGAUUGGGCUUAACGGGAUUCGUACCGUCACUAUUGGAACCCAAACAUUCCUGUAUUACGACAACAGCAAGACAACGACGGUGGACCGGGUUGCUAUUGACCCUGUAUCAGGACAUGCGAAGGGCGAAUACACCAAAAUGGCUCGUGGUUUUUAUGCUGAUGAUCUGACCUAUGACUAUGAGACUGGUAACAUCUGGGUCGCUGGAAACGCCAAUAACACCAUUUUCCGCAUAAAUCCUGACGACGAGGAGAUUGUUGUAGCCGAUGCGUUAAGUACGCCGUCUGUGUUGGCGCCAUCAAGCCUCGUAUUUGGGAAGGGAAAACAUAGUCGCACGCUUUUCGGUACUACUUAUGCCGGAGUGGCGCCAAAUGGGACAAUCACUGGCGGAAACUUGCUGAAAAUAGAGGUUGGGGAAAAGAGCAGCUGA